GACAAUAUUUCGCAUGCGCAGUGCUUGGUUUGGGGGAAAUCUAUAAAACACCUGAACAAAUUCAUUAAAUCACCGUGACACUUCGGUAGACCGGAAACCGCGGGUGCCACAGCAGGAUAGCUGAGGACAACACGCCAGAAGAUUUUUGAAGGUUGCAGUUGAACUAUGGCCCUGGGUACCAAUGAGCACUGAGGCUUCAGUAUCUGAGACCCCUUUAUUCACAAGCUAGGAAUCCCCCGUCACCAUGUUCUGGAAGUUUGACCUUAAUACAUCGUCGCAUGUGGACAAGCUGCUUGACAAGGAGGAUGUGAGUCUGCAGGAGCUGAUGGAAGAGGAUGAUCUUCUGCAAGAGUGUAAGGCCCAGAACCGGCGACUGCUGGACUUCCUGUGCCAGCCGCAGUGCAUGGAGCAGCUUGUGCAGUUAAUCACCCAGAGACCUCCCACAGACAUGGAUGAGAGAAUCCGUUUCAAGUACCCAAACAUUGCUUGUGAGCUGCUGACGUGUGACGUGCCCCAGCUAAACGAUAAGCUGUGUGAAGACGAAAGCCUCCUGAACAUUCUGUAUGACUUCUUGCAGCAGGAGCCCCCCCUAAACCCUCUGCUGGCCAGCUUCUUCAGCAAGACUGUGGGACACCUUAUAGCAAGGAAAACCGAGCAGGUCAUUGGAUUUCUCAGGAAGAAGGAUCAGUUCCUUAUGCUGGUGCUGGAGCACUUUGGGACGUCUGCCAUGAUGGACCUGCUGCUUCGUCUGAUCAGUUGUGUGGAGCCAGCCACCCUGAGACAGGGAGUUCUGAACUGGCUGAACGAAGAGAGACUCAUUCAGAGGUUGGUGGACCUGAUCCAUUCAAGCCAGGAGGAUGAUAGGCAGUCCAACGCUUCCCAGACUCUGUGUGAUUUCAUCAGGCUGAGCAGGGAUCAGUGCAAUCAGAUGUCGGAGACGCUCGAGCCGGACCCCCUUCUGAAUACUCUGGAAUCAAAGAAUCCAUCCUGACUACCAUUGGACUCCUGGAGGAGCCGUUGGGGAAUGCACGCUUGCACACGACACGUCUAAUUGCUGCUCUCUUAAACACGAACACUCCCAGUAUUAACCAGGAGUUGUGUCGACUUGGCACCAUGGAUCUUCUACUGGACCUGUUCUUUCGGUACACGUGGAACAACUUCCUGCACUUGCAGGUGGAGCUGUGCAUAGAGUCUGUCUUGUCCCACUCCCUACAGGAUGGGAAGAGUGAACUGGCGGAUGAGCGAAAGGAAGAGGAAGCAACAGAUAGGGACAGUGAGCAAGAUGAUAUUAUGGUGACGCAUCUCUUUCAGAAGUGCUGUUUGGUACAGAGAAUCCUGGAUGCUUGGGAAACGAACGAUAAAAUCCAGGCGGAUGGGGGAAUGCGACGAGGGAAUAUGGGUCAUCUGACGCGCAUUGCCAACACUGUUGUGCACAACAUGGAAAAGGGUCCAAUGCAGGCUCAGAUCAGUGACUUUAUCACAGAGCUGCCUGAAGACUGUAGAGGGAGAUGGGAGAGCUUUGUAGAGGAGACUUUGACUGAGACAAACCGCAGGAACACUGUUGACCUGGUGAGCCCCCAUCACCUGCACUCAUCCAGCGAGGAUGAAGAUCUUGAAAGUGCGUUCCCUAAUGAGAUGUCCGUGCAGCAGGCUUUUGCAGAUUACCAGAUCCAGCAGAUGACUGCUAACUUUGUGGAUCAGUUUGGAUUCAAUGAUGAAGAAUUUGCUGAACAAGAAGACAACAUCAAUGCACCCUUUGACCGUAUAGCAGAGAUUAACUUCAACCUAGCGACUGAAGAAGACCGUACCAACGUUGCUCUGUUUGAAGCUUGUUGCAACGAGCGAAUCCAGCAGUUUGAUGAUGAAGAGGAAGAUAUAUGGGAGGACAAGGAGAUUGGCUAUGGAACGCAAGUCAAGUCCAGGACGCGGUUUGGCGUGUCCCAGUCAUCUGAGGAUUCCAUGCAAAGUGAUUUGGAGAACGGGGAGCCAUCAGGUAGCCCAGUGUCGGAAGAGGAAGGUCAGAACUCAGAAAUGCCACUGGCUAUUAGUCCCAUCAACAGUAGCCCCCACACACCGAGGGACGGCAUCACUCCUGACGAGACUAGCUGGACGGCUGUGUUUGAUGAGCCAGUGAACUCAAAACCGCCCGUUCCCUGUGUUGCUCUGGAUGUGGGUUCCAAUGCCUGGAAUUCCCCUGCUCCUGAGACUUCUACUCCUGAAGAAAAAGGAUGGGCUAAGUUCACAGACUUCCAACCGUUCUGCUGCUCGGAGUCUGGCCCACGGUGCAGUUCUCCUGUGGAUACAGAGAGCAGCGGCUCUGACGGACCUUCAAAACCCAUCAAUGCAACUUCCCCUUGCGUGUGGAAUGUCUGUGUUGCCCGGAAGACUGCAGUUUUGGGCUCAGAUAGCGGCUCAUCUGGAGGCUCAGACAGUGAGGAGGAAGAAAAGACAAAUAUUGUUACUGAGACAACCAGCAUGGUAACCGGGCAAGAGACCGUCAGACUCACAAUGGAUGCAAAGAAUGAGAGAGCCACAUUUAGCAGAAUAUUCACACCUGCAGGUAAAACUGAAUCCCUCCCGAAUGAUCAGAUGAAUGACACAGACAUCCAACUUCCAAAACAUUCAUGUAACAGCAACAGGGAGCACCCAACACAGGAACAGACUGUCACAAGCACGCCAAGCAAAUGCAGAAACAGCCACGAAGAUCUUAGUUCAAGUCCUGAAACUACAUUGAAUGGACCUGCAUGACAAAGUCGAGCCUCUGAAGCCCCUAUACACUGUACCAGGAAUGUAGGCUCCCAGGUACCUGUGGGGAGAUGCCACCUUGUCUCAUUGAAUUGCAGAACUUUGUCUCUGUGGAACUGGAUAGUGCACAUCGGACAGUGGAAGCAGAGCACACUCUCUGGAAGUCUUGUACUUGACCUGCAACUUGAAAAUGUAGCACUAGGACUGACUGGGCCUAAUUUAAUAAUGCACAUCCUGCUUCCCCAUCCCUCUGGUCUACCGGAUGCAGAGAGUUGCGUGCCAGGCAGAAUGAAACUGGGUCUCCAAUCGUGUCGCCCUUUUAUAUCUACGCUGUCAUCUUGUUUUUAGCAAUAAUUCCUAUGUUGCUGCAGAGACAUUGCCAAACUGUCUACUUUGCCAUGCUUACUUAUCCUCAUACAUACGUGACUGGCCCAUACAUGGCCAAAUUACUGGACAUAAUUGCACAGACUUAUGGUCCCAUUAUUUCUUUUUUGUGCACUUUAGCCAGUGUUUUAAUGCAAUGACUCCUUUUUCAUUAGGGUCCUUGCCCACAGUACUAUUUAAUCAGUAUUCUUAUGGCAUUCAUUGUUUUUGAUGGCUAUAAAUAGUGGACUUGAGCGAGGUUCUGGAGCAGCCAGCAUCCAGUUUGCUGUAGGAUUCUUUAAAUGACAACAGUGGACAAAGAUCUGCUCAUGUAGUAAUAUUCCGCACUGACAAUGAUGUCUUUGCCAAACAAAUGUUUUAGACUCAUUGUAACUUGGUGAAAGUUUUUAUGUGCUCCCAACAGUGUUUUCCCUAUACUCUGCUCUUAGAUGUAGAUCUGCCACGUUUAGCACCUUAUUAUAAUCCCAGCUGUAUUUACAAUGUAUAGUGCCCCAACCUAUUGGACUGCUCAGUGAUGCCUCUUUACUUUUUCUAAUUUGUUAACCCUGUAUGGUUCUCAAGUCUUUCCUUCUGCCCAAAAAGGUGCCUCAUAACUUAUUGGUAUUUGCUUUGUAUAGUGCCCAAUCUCCAACUGCCGAACGUAGUUUCUCAUUAUGACCUAAUGUGUCUAUCCUGUACUCUUUCCCAGCAUAUCCUCCUCCCCAAUGAGGUGUCUCAUAAACCCUGCAGUGUUUACCCUGUACAAUGAUGCAACAGAAUGCCCAAUGUGGUGCCUCUUUUUAUAAUCCAUUGUCUACCCGUAUGGUGCCCCAGCUUGUCCUUCACACUACAAUGCCAGUUGUGUUUGCUCCAUCUUAUCCCUCAAUCUAUUUGAUGCAGUAUGGAACAUUAUUUGCCUCCUUUUAGUCAUCCACUAGUAUGGAGUGAUGUAUAAUUGAACACUGGGAGGUUGGCGUUCUGAUAGAAUUCUUACAGAAUGAUGACGUGGAUCUGAUGUUAAUGUAUAGCCGCUGGGAGGUUAGUUCAUCUAAACAUUAAAGGGACAAACUUAUCUUUUCUGUCAUGCAUUUAAAGAGCAGAUUUUAAGCAUUAAAAGUGUAUUUUUAUGUAAAAAAAAUGUUAAUUGUCUAAAUAGAAUGUGUGCUGCAACUAGGGAUAGACCGAUAACAUUUUUUCAGGGCCGAUACCGAUUAUUGACCACCUUUCAGGCUGGUAACAGGGGCCGAUAUUCUGUACAUUUAAAGUUUUGAAAAAUCAACACAAUUUCUACACAAAUCUUGUAUAAACUGAACAUGCUUAUUACAAUUUUAAACAUUAAAAGUAAACAACUGGAAAAAAUAAA